GUUUACACAUACAUCACCAGCAUCAUCAUCAGCAGUGAGAAAAGAAUUCAUCGUCCAUCCUUUUGGUGAGAUUAGAUUAGACAUUCCAGUUGAUUGGGAUACUCGCUGGAUAAAUUCUGAACAAAUGUGACAGUUUCAUAAACAUUCGCACAGUAGAAGAGCAUGGAAGCAACCAGAAAAAUACUCAACUAAAGUACAACAUUAUUUUGGUUUUAAGAGGUAUGGAAAGGAAAUGAGCUGAAAACGGAAGUACUUUUCUACUCAGUGGGUGGGUGGCAUCAAGGUCGGCUACAGGUGCUGUUGUUCUGCUAAUACUGUAUGGUCUAAAAUUUAUAUCCAGCCCACCCACAAUCUACACUUCAGUCCAAUUUCUAUACAAACUGUAACUUUUCCAACCCAAAAUGUCCAGUGUAAACACACAACGUCAAGGUCGUUGGUAUUUUGGUGGUAUUGCCAGUGCAGGAGCCGCUUGCUGUACCCAUCCUUUGGACUUAAUAAAGGUUGCGCUGCAAACGCAACAAGGCAAAUUAUCGGUAUUGCAACUAACAGCGAAAGUUUUACGAGAGCAAGGUGUACUGGCACUUUACAACGGUUUGUCUGCUUCCGUCCUACGUCAAAUGACGUAUUCAAUGACACGCUUCGGUAUUUAUGAAGGAGGAAAAAAGCAAAUCAAUACUGAUACAUUCCUCGGUAAAAUCGCCUUAGCCGGGUUGGCUGGCACCGUAGGCGGUAUUGUCGGCACCCCCGCCGAUAUGGUGAAUGUACGCAUGCAAAAUGAUGUCAAACUGCCACAGGAGCAGCGCAGAAACUACAAGAAUGCCUUCGAUGGAUUAGUAAAAGUAUAUAAGCAUGAAGGUUUUACACGUCUGUUUUCGGGCGCUACCACCGCUACCGGUAGAGGUGUGCUUAUGACAAUUGGUCAAAUAGCAUUUUAUGAUCAGAUUAAAACCACCCUGCUUACCACACCGUACUUCAAGGACGAUUUAGCAACACAUUUUACUGCUUCAUUGGCUGCUGGUGCUAUUGCGACAACUUUGACACAACCACUGGAUGUGUUGAAGACACGUUCAAUGAACGCUAAGCCGGGUGAAUUCAAGGGUUUGUGGGAUAUUGUAAAGUUUACUGCACGUCUGGGAACUCUUGGUUUCUUCAAAGGCUACAUACCGGCCUUUGUACGCCUAGGACCACACACCAUACUCACAUUUGUUUUCCUCGAACAACUACGUUUAAAGUUUGGCGUUUUGCCAAAAGUAGAGGCUACUGUGGUGGUUGCACAAUAAACCAAAAGAACGGGUUAAAGCGCACGUUCACAUCCAUACAUAUGCACAUCACGCUGCUACUGAGCACAAG